CGAGAGGGUCCAAAGCUGGCCCUGAAGCCCCGGUGUGCAUGAGGUGAUCCCAUGGCAGACGGGCUGCAGGCCCUGGAUGUGGGCCGGCUGCUGGCGGGGCUGCGCAGAGGCCUGGUGCCUGGUGCCGACAACAGCGUCGAGUUCUUGUGCAACAAGUUCUCCGGGCUGGUGGAGCGCCUGAAGCAGGCGGAGCAGGUGGAGCAGGCGGAGCGCGAGAGCUCCGUGCAGCUCGAGGUGAAGCUGCAAGCCGAAGAGCAGCAAGCAGAUGCAGAGAGGAGACAUCUGGAAGUUGCGACCAUAGCUGCCCGUGAGGAAACCAAGAAAGUGGAAUCCGGGCUGGCAGAGGCCUUGCAGCAAGAGGCCGAAUCCAAGAAGCAGCUGGCAUCACUUCGCGCGGAAGCGGAGGCACUAGCCCAGCGGAAGCGCUUGCUGGACGACACGUGCCGCACGGAGCGUGCGAAGCUGUCAGAGGCCAACGGCCGUCUACGGCGCCAGCAGUUGUCCUUGCCGCAAACAUCGGAAGAGGUGCGUCGCCUCCAGGGCCAGCUGCAGUCGCUGAACUCGCGAAGCGACGCCAUCGCGGCGGAGCUGGAAGGCCUGCAGCAGCGGAGCGCUGGGGAUGAGGAGAACUGGGCAAAGAUGAAGUCUGAGAUGGCGAGUGAAGAAGAGGCCCGGGAGGAGAACUUGGGCUCGGCUGCCAUCUUCCGGGAAGACUUGGACCAGGCUCUUUCGCACCUGGCGCUGCUGCAGGAGCAGCUGGCGGAGCGGCAGGUGGCUGUGCAGCGCCUGCGGAGCGAGUGCCAAAGGUGCACUGCUCAGAGAGUUGGGAUCCAAGAGGAGACCGAGAAGAAGAGGUCCUGGCUGCGUGACGCGCAGAAAGAGCUGGCGGGCCUCAGUGAAACUGAGCGCGGCUUGGAACGGGUCCAUGUCGAGACCACCCAGCUCCGAGCGCAGCUGCGGGUUGAAGAGGAGGAGGCCAAACACCUGGAGGCCACCGCGCUCUCCCGGAAGGCGGAGCUAGCAGACACGGAGGAGAAGUUGAUGAAGCAAGGCGAGCGACUGCAGCAGGUGGAGCAGCAGAGAGACCAGGCUCGAUUACAGGUGGUCAGUGCGGAGGAGGAGGAGGCUCGGGUUCAGGCUGCAGUUGAGCAAUUGCGCCACGACCAGGCCGCAGGCGGUGGCUUGCACCGAAACCUGGAGACGGAGCUGCAGAUGUUGCACGCGGAGGCAGAGCGCUUGCGCGGGGAGCUGGCGUUCCUGAAGACGGACAAGCUCGAAGGGGAGCAGCGCCUGCAGCUCAUCAUGCCAGCGCUGCUAGAGGCUCGGCGCAGAGUCAAGGAGCUGGAGGGCCAAAUCCAGGCUGUGCAGGAGGAGUCUUCACGUGAGAAGGAUAUGGGUGAGCGCUUGGAGCGGGAGACGGAUACCUGUCAGGAGAAAGUGCGCGCGCUGCGGGAUGAGAACGUGCGACUCUCGGAGCAGUGCUCCGAACUGGAGGCACAGCUGGCGCAGUCGGCGAGGGAUGCCCAGAUGGUGCCGUUGACCAGGACCAGCAGGAGCCGGGCUGAGGCUCGGCCGCUCUCCGCGAGGCGCGAGGCGUCGCCCUCCAAACCCUCGGUGCGCACGCCGCGAGCAGCUCGGGACACUCCAGAGGCGCACCGGCGGAAGCUGCUGAGUGCAGAGCGUGCGGAGCGUGAGGUGCAGUGGCCUGAUUUCAGCCAAGCCUUGGUUUCGACUGACAGGAGCCAUCGAGUGGCGCCGGAGCUCCUCUUAGUUGCUUAACAAACAAAUUACUUUGUAUUUUUGCUUUCCUUUUUUUGGCUUCUGUCAUUUGGUCUGUUUUUUCUGUAACAUUGGCCAGGCCCGUCGGACGGCCCCUCCAAGCUGCAAUACCUCACCAACUGGAUCCGGAAUGAAGAGGGCAGGCUUGCCGCUGACGGGAAUUUGAUGCAGUGAGGAGUUGAAUUCGGGCAGAUGCAAACGUGUAUAGCUUGUGGCAC